GGGCGACGCCGCUUCCGCCCGGUGCCAAGAUGGCGGCGCCCUUUGUCUGGGCCGUGUCACGGGCGGUGAUCUGAGGCCGUCGGCGGACCCGGCAUGGCAGGUUUCUUUUUGCUGUUCCUCUCCAAGAGGUGAAUGCAAGCAGGGGAAACCCAAGGCUGCAGAGCAAGACAGAAGACCGCUGUGAGCUCAUUGCUACGACCCACUGCAGACAGGAGGAGGCUCCCUCGUCGCGCUGCACGCCCAUCCUGUGCUUAGCAGCUGAAGGAACACGUUUGUGGCUUGCAGCAGCUGUCCCAGUUGAACUGGCCUGCCCAGCCCCAACUGACCAUGGAUUUCCCCCAGCACAGCAGGCAGGUCUUGGAGCAGCUGAACCAGCUGCGGCAGCUGGGCUUGCUGUGUGACUGCACCUUCGUGGUGGAUGGCAUCAACUUCAAGGCCCACAAAGCCGUGCUGGCGGCGUGCAGUGAGUAUUUCAGGAUGCUCUUCGUGGACCAGAAGGAGGAUGUGGUGCACCUCGACAUCAGCAAUGUGGCAGGGUUGGGGCAGGUUUUGGAGUUCAUGUACACAGCCAAGCUGAGCCUGAACCCUGACAAUGUGGAAGAUGUGCUGGCUGUGGCAGGGUUCCUCCAGAUGCGGGAGAUCGUCAACGCUUGCAAUGCACUCAAAUCCCUCACGGUGCUGGCAGAAAGCCCCGUAGAGAGCCGGGAGCUCCUCACUGAGCUUGGGGUUGAGAAGGUGAUUGUUGAGGGCAAAACAGCGGCAGCAGUAACGCAAGGUGAUUCUGACAAACCAAAACAAGUUCCUCCCAACCAGGAGGGGAAGGAAGAGGCGCCUGUGGGCACAGCAGCACAGCCCAAGGAGCCAGCAGAGCAACCGGAUGCCAAAGAGGGCCCUGCAGAAGGUCAGCAACCAGGAGGUGUGGACAAUGCCGCCGAAGCCAGCCCUGCUGCCGUGUCCCCCAGCCGCCCGCAGCCAGCAGAGAGCGAGGUGGGCAACAGCAGCCCCGGGGAGAAGGGCAGUGAUGCUCCAAGCACUGAGGCAAGAGGGAUGGAGCUGGAAGGGAAGGAGGAAGAGGGGGAGGCGAUGGUGGAGGAUGAAGAGGAGGCUAAAAUUCCCAAGGCAGCGCAACCCAAAUCAGAAAGCAAAGAAAAUGCUGAGGAUAACGAAUCAGGGAGCACUGACUCUGGACAGGAGAACUCAGGUGAAACGCGGCUGCUGCGUUCGGGCACUUACAGCGACAGGACCGAGUCGAAAGCCUACGGCUCCGUCACACACAAGUGUGAGGACUGCGGAAAGGAGUUCACCCACACUGGGAACUUCAAGCGGCACAUCCGCAUCCACACCGGCGAGAAACCCUUCUCCUGCAGGGAGUGCAAUAAAGCCUUCUCAGACCCAGCGGCGUGCAAAGCCCACGAGAAGACGCACAGCCCGCUGAAGCCCUACGGCUGUGAGGAGUGCGGGAAGAGCUACCGCCUCAUCAGCCUGCUGAACCUGCACAAGAAGAGGCACACGGGGGAGGCCAAGUACCGCUGUGACGACUGCGGAAAGCUCUUCACCACCUCGGGCAACCUCAAGCGGCACCAACUGGUACACAGUGGGGAAAAGCCCUACCAGUGCGACUACUGCGGGCGCUCCUUCUCUGACCCCACCUCCAAAAUGCGGCACCUGGAGACCCACGACACCGACAAGGAGCACAAGUGUCCCCACUGCGACAAGAAAUUCAACCAAGUGGGAAACUUGAAAGCUCACUUGAAGAUUCACAUUGCGGAUGGGCCCCUGAAGUGUCGGGAGUGCGGCAAGCAGUUCACCACCUCAGGCAACCUGAAGCGGCACCUCCGGAUCCACAGCGGGGAGAAGCCCUACGUCUGCGUGCACUGCCAGCGACAGUUUGCUGACCCCGGGGCGCUGCAGCGGCACGUCCGCAUCCACACGGGAGAGAAGCCGUGCCAGUGCCUCAUCUGCGGGAAGGCGUUCACCCAAGCCAGCUCCCUCAUCGCCCACGUGCGCCAGCACACGGGGGAGAAGCCCUAUGUCUGCGAGCGCUGUGGCAAGAGGUUUGUGCAGUCAAGCCAGCUGGCCAACCACAUCCGGCACCACGACAACAUCCGACCUCACAAGUGCACUGUCUGCAACAAAGCCUUUGUCAAUGUGGGUGACCUCUCCAAACACAUCAUCAUCCACACCGGGGAGAAGCCGUUCCUCUGUGACAAAUGCGGCCGUGGCUUCAACCGGGUCGACAACCUGCGGUCCCACGUCAAGACGGUGCAUCAGGGCAAGGCAGGCAUGAAGAUCCUGGAGCCCGAGGAUGGCAGCGAGCUCAACAUUGUCACGGUGGCCUCAGAUGACAUGGUGACGCUGGCCACCGAGGCACUGGCUGCCACUGCUGUCACGCAGCUCACGGUGGUCCCCGUGGCGGCGGCUGUGACGGCAGAUGAGACCGAAGCGCUUAAAGCGGAGAUCACCAAAGCGGUGAAACAAGUGCAGGAAGCAGACCCCAACACUCAGAUCCUUUACGCCUGCGAUUCCUGCGGGGAGAAAUUCCUGGAUGCCACCAGCCUGGCGCAGCACGUCCGCAUCCACACAGCCCAGGCGCUCGUCAUGUUCCAGGCCGACACGGACUUUUACCAGCAGUACGGGGCCGCCGCUGCCACCUGGCAGACCGAGCAGGUCAUCCCUGCCACCGAGCUGCUCUUCCGCCCCCGUGACAGCCCCCAAGAGGCCCCCGCCGCCCCCCUGGCCCCUGUGCCCCUUGCUGGGGAGGGCCAGGCGCCUGCUGAGUGACCCACCCGCUCCCCCUCGCCUUUAUUUAAAGUCAGCUGCUUGGAAACGGUGUAAAAAGUGUAUUUCUGGAAGGAGAGAGAGAAGGAAUAAAUUGCAAUAUUUUCUAAA